AUGACGGAGCGCUUUGACUGCCACCACUGCGAGGACUCGCUCUUUGGCAGGAAGUAUGUACUUCGGGAGGAGCAGCCCUACUGUGUGGCCUGCUUCGAGGCCCUGUUCGCCAGCACCUGUGAGGAGUGCGGGAAGUUGAUCGGCUGUGACUGCAAGGACUUGUCUUACAAGGACCGGCAUUGGCACGAGGCCUGUUUCCACUGCUCGCGGUGCCGGGGCUCCCUGGUGGACAAGCCAUUCGCUGCCAAGGAGGACCAGCUGCUCUGCGCUGAGUGCUACUCUCAGGAGUACUCGUCGCGAUGCCAGGAGUGCAAGAAGAGCAUCAUGCCAGGCACCCGCAAGAUGGAGUACAAGGGCAGCAGCUGGCACGAGACCUGCUUCAUCUGCCACCGCUGCCAGCAGCCCAUCGGAACCAAGAGCUUCAUCCCCAAGGACAGCGAGAACUUCUGCGUGCCCUGCUAUGAGAGGCAGUAUGCCCUGCAGUGCGUGCAGUGCAAGAAGCCCAUCACCACCGGGGGCGUCACGUACCGGGAGCAGCCCUGGCAUCGCGAGUGCUUCGUGUGCACCGCCUGCAAGAAGCCCCUGUCGGGCCAGCGCUUCACGUCCCGCGACGAGUUCGCCUACUGCCUGGGCUGCUUCUGCGACCUGUACGCCAAGAAGUGCGCCGGCUGCGCCAACCCCAUCAGCGGCCUGGGUGGUACCAAGUACAUCUCCUUCGAGGAACGGCAGUGGCACAACGACUGCUUCAACUGCAAGAAGUGCUCGCUGUCGCUGGUGGGCCGAGGCUUCCUCACGGAGAGGGACGACAUCCUGUGCCCCGACUGCGGGAAGGACAUCUGA